AGUCUGUCUGGGAAAGAAAAAAAACUUUUUGUGUAGAAGCGUUCAACAGCCGCCAUCUUGUCGCGGACGAGAAUCGGGAUUUCGAAGAGCAUUAUGAUAGUUAUAUAGAUGCAAGAAAGUCAGUGAGGGCCUGAAUAGGUUCGUGGUGAUAGACAGAAGAGAUGCGGUGAAUAUCGAGGCCUGUUCUGAUAGACAGCGUUAAAAUGGGGUCGUUUCUCUUAAGUGGAAACCCCCGUGUAUCUGAUUUCCCCCUUCAGCAAGCGCUCUUUCUCACAUUUUUUCUCAUUAUACCAUGUACAAUUUAUGUUGCGCUAUUUUAGUAAAAUCUGUACAUAUAGAAAAUAAUUUUCGUCUACUGUUAAUUUUAUCAGAGUCAGAAAUGGGUCUCUAAGCUAUUUAUUUUUCUCGAAAAUGAGUUCUUUGGAGAUACGCCGAUGACGUAAGGCGUUGGAGACUUGAUAAAAAAAUUAAAAAUAGUUAUUUUUAAAUAAACCACCAAAAUCUUGUUUGUAGCUAAAUAAUAAUAAUGAUGAGGGGAUUUGGUAGUGAAUUAUCGUGGGUUGAAUGGAGGCGGCGAAGCGGGGCGCUGUUGCUUGUAUCUUGAGCUAUUUUCAGACAGCUAGCAGUGUCGCUAGUCCACGAAAUAAGUUGGUUUUUGCCCGAAAAGUAAUAUCUGAUCUGCGACACAAAAACGUACACACUUCCCGCCCCAAAGUCACGCAAACAGGCCUUCUUACUACUAAUACUUAGGAUGACUGACAAAAUCAUGGAUAUGGGACCUCCCAAUGCAAAGCGUCCAAAGCUGAAUUCACCUGCUCUGUCUUCAUCUGACGGCCCAGAUUUGGGGUCCUUGUUUGACUUGGAAAAUGAUCUCCCAGAUGAGCUGAUCCCGAAUGGUGAUGCAGUCUUGACAUCCAUGUCCACCAACGGUGGUGGAGGAGUUGCUGAAAGGAUUGGUGCCAUCAUGCCAGAUGCUGCCACCAAGCACAAGCAGCUCUCGCAGCUUCUUCAGUCAGGAAGUGGUGGGCAACCAGGCAUGGGUGGGCAGUUGAGUACACUGUGCAAGAACCCCCUGGGCCAGGCCUCACCAAGUCACUCAUCCCAACCCCAGAAGCCCAUUGGUGCAUCAAGUGGCCCAGGCAACUGUAGCAGUCCAGGCAUGAGUAUCAAUACUGGCUUCAACCAAACUGUGCUGAACAGUGGGCAGAGUCAUGGGCUCAUGGGACAGAACAUGACACAGCAGAUGAUGAACGGGAUGAUGGGGCCAACAGGACGGGGCAGGGUGGCACCAAGUAUGCAGUACCAGGGUCAGUUGAUACAGGGGGCACCAGUGGGAGGAGGUGGCACAACAGGGGUUGCAGGGGCCAACAUGGCAGGCAGUAUGCUGGCAGAGACGCUGACCCAAGGUGCACCACAAAUGGAUGUGCACAAUUCCAUCAGUACUCAGCAUCCAGGAAGUAAGCUCUAUCAGCAGGUGCCCUCUACGACUACAAUGCCAGGCCAAGGGACUCCCACAGCUCCCACAGCUGAUCCUGAGAAGCGAAAGCUAAUUCAACAGCAGCUGGUUCUGCUGCUUCAUGCUCACAAGUGCCAGCGACGUGAACAGGCCAAUGGUGAGUUGCGAGCCUGUACGCUGCCUCAUUGCCGCACCAUGAAGAAUGUCUUAAAUCACAUGACCCACUGUCAGGCUGGCAAGUCUUGCCAAGUGGCACAUUGUGCAUCCUCUAGGCAAAUCAUUUCUCACUGGAAGAACUGUACUCGGCACGACUGUCCUGUUUGUCUGCCCCUGAAAACUGCCAGCGAUAAAAGAAACCAGCAGCCAAUGUUGAAUCCAAGUAACGCUGGCAUGCAAGUGCCUAUGGGAGCGGUGGGCACUACCCAGCCAAGUGCACCUAAUAGCAGCACUACAAAUAUAGACCCAAGCUCGAUGAAGAGAGCCUAUGCAGCUCUUGGCCUCCCUUAUGGAAAACAGUCUGCUACACAAACGCAGGCACAGAUUCUGGGCCAGCAGAACCCACAGAGCCAGACACAUCAACAGCAGCUUCGUCCGAUGAACACUCUGGGCAUUAACCAGAUGAACCUGGGAGGUAAUGGUAUGAGCAUUCCCACUUCUGAGACGUAUCUCCACUCUGACUCAUCUUUUAGCAACAACCAGUUGAUGUCAGAUGGCUCUGGUGUGAGUGGACUAGGUAAUCUUCCAUCAACAACAGCAUCCUCUAUGGAUGUCAUAAAAAAGGCCUGGCAUGAACAUGUCACUCAGGAUCUGCGUAAUCACCUUGUGCACAAAUUAGUUCAAGCCAUAUUCCCCACCCCAGACCCUGCAGCAUUGAAGGACAGACGAAUGGAAAACUUGGUUGCUUAUGCCCGAAAAGUGGAGGGUGACAUGUAUGAUUCUGCCAACAGCAGGGAUGAGUAUUACCACUUCCUUGCUGAGAAGAUAUACAAGAUUCAGAAGGAGCUGGAAGAAAAGAGAAAGUCAAGGCUUCAGAAACAGCCUCCCUUGGGCACUCAGGGGGCACAGCAGACUGGCAUUCCCCAACCUAUUGACAUAGGACCUGCACAUGGCACCCGGGCAGCAAAUGGAUCUGUGCCUAUGUCCAGUAUGUCAAAUCAGUUGGUGAACCGCAUGAAAGUUUCUCAAGGUCAGUUCAGUCCCACGGCAAUGCAGAAUGUUCAAAUUUCUCAGUCUACAGUAGGAUCCCAUGCAGCUUCCCCUAUGAACCACCUGCCUCAAAUGAACUCUGUUUCUCCGAUGGUUAUGUCUCCUUCAAGGAUGAUGCCAGGGCAAGGCACGUUGGGAAACCAUAUAAACAACAUGGUGGGCCAGGGCCCCAACCAGAACCAGUUUAUAAACAAGACACAUUUUCCAACUUCUGCAGGGGGUAUAAAUGUGAAAUUUGCUCAGCAAGCAGGACAGGCUGGUGGUACACAGCCUCAGCAGCAGAACUCUAAUCUUUCCAUCAAUUCUCUGGGCUCCCUGGCUCCACAGACUGCUAUGUGCUCCACUCCACCACCUCCAGCCACCACUGUUGUCCCUAAUCUACAGCACAUGGCUCAGCCUUCCACAACUGUUUCUUCUGGGAACCAAGCCACAACCACCCACAUACCCCACCCACCAUCAAGUCUUUGCUCUUUCCCCAACUCAUCACAGUCACUCUCUCAUCUGCCUCAGCUGGAGCCCCCCACGCAGACACAAUUGCCACUCUCUGAGCAAGCACAGCACCCUGCCACUCCGCUUGAUAAGGUAGCAGCUAGCAUGGAUAACCAAGACCUCACACCUGCAUCUGUGGCAGAGGCACACUCAAAGCCAGAAUUUAUUGCUGCUAUUUGCAAAGCAGAGCCAGAAGAGGUCAUACUAGACCUCGACAAUGGCAAGCCGGCACCUGAAACAGAGGAGGAAGAUGUAAAGCAGGUAUCUGUUAAGAAGGAGGAGUCAGAGAAUGUAGAGCAGAAUCAGGAGCCAAUAAAGACAGAGGAGAAGAAAACAGAGGUAAAGAUAGAAACCAAACAAGAGGACAAUGGUGAUGAUACCAGUACAACUUCACCUACUCAGUUUUCACAGACAUUCAAGAAGAUUUUUAAGUCAGAAGAGCUAAGACAAGCCUUGAUGCCUACAUUGGAAUCACUGUACAGGCAAGAUCCAGAAUCUCUGCCCUUUCGCCAGCCUGUGGACCCAAUGUUGCUUGGCAUUCCGGAUUACUUUGACAUUGUGAAGAAUCCUAUAGACUUGUCAACCAUAAAGAGAAAGCUUGACACCGGGCAGUACCAAGAGCCAUGGCAAUAUGUGGAUGACAUUUGGCUCAUGUUCAAUAAUGCCUGGCUUUACAACCGCAAGACAUCAAGGGUCUACAAAUACUGCUCUAAACUAGCAGAGGUGUUUGAGCUGGAGAUUGACCCAGUCAUGCAGGGAUUGGGUUACUGCUGUGGGAGAAAGUAUGAAUUUUCACCUCAGACACUUUGCUGCUAUGGCAAGCAGCUUUGCACCAUCUCCAGAGAUGGAACGUACUACAGCUACCAGAACAGGUAUCACUUCUGCGAAAAGUGCUUCAAUGAGAUCCAGGGCAACAGUGUUACCUUGGGGGAUGACCCUGCACAAUCUCAAACUAUGAUAUUAAAGGAUCAGUUUGAAAAGAGGAAAAAUGAUAUGUUGGAGCGUGAGCCUUUUGUUGAAUGUAAAGACUGUGGCCGUAAGAUGCAUCAGAUCUGUGUGUUACACUAUGAUGUUAUUUGGCCAUCAGGAUUUUUCUGUGAGAACUGCCUGAAGAAGUCAGUGAAAACAAGAAAAGAGAACAGGUUUUCUGCUAAAAGAUUACAGACUACACGACUUGGCACAUACAUAGAGGACCGUGUAAAUAAGUACUUGAAGAGGCAGAACAACCCUGAUGCUGGUGAAGUGUUUGUGCGGGUGGUGGCGAGCUCAGACAAGACAGUUGAUGUCAAACCAGGAAUGAAAUCUAGGUUUGUUGACUCAGGCGAGAUGGCAGAAAACUUUCCUUACAGAACCAAAGCACUUUUUGCAUUUGAAGAGAUAGAUGGAGUAGAUGUGUGUUUCUUUGGUAUGCAUGUCCAAGAAUAUGGAUCUGAUUGCCCCUUUCCUAACAACAGACGUGUAUAUAUAUCAUACCUUGACAGUAUUCACUUCUUCAGACCUCGGCUGCUAAGAACUGCUGUCUACCAUGAAAUCUUGAUUGGUUAUCUGGAAUAUGUCAAGAAACUUGGGUAUGUGACAGGUCAUAUCUGGGCCUGUCCACCAAGUGAAGGUGAUGACUAUAUAUUUCACUGUCACCCUCCCGAUCAGAAGAUACCCAAGCCCAAAAGACUCCAAGAGUGGUACCGCAAAAUGCUGGACAAAGCCUUUGCUGAAAGAAUAAUUCAUGACUACAAGGACAUCUUUAAACAGGCUACAGAGGAUCGAAUUAAAAGUGCCUAUGAGCUGCCUUAUUUUGAUGGAGACUUCUGGCCCAAUGUUUUGGAAGAAAGUAUUAAGGAACUGGAGCAGGAGGAGGAGGAAAGGAAGAAGGAGGAGAGUACAGUCUCCUCUGAGACAGUAGAGGGUACCCAAGCUGAUAGCAAGAAUGCCAAAAAGAAGAACAACAAGAAGACUAACAAGAACAAGAGCAGUGUGAGCCGAGCCAACAAGAAGAAGCCUGUUAUGCCAAAUGUAGCAAAUGACCUAUCCCAGAAGCUGUAUGUAACUAUGGAGAAACACAAGGAAGUUUUCUUUGUAAUCCAUCUUCAUGCUGGUCCUGUGAUCAACACUCUGCCCCCUAUAAUGGACCCUGAUCCCUUACUCACAUGUGACCUGAUGGAUGGUCGUGAUGCCUUCCUUACACUGGCACGUGACAAACAUUGGGAGUUCAGCUCCCUUCGCCGCUGCAAGUGGAGCACUAUGUGUAUGCUAGUAGAACUGCAUAACCAGGGCCAGGACCGUUUUGUCUAUACUUGUAAUGAGUGCAAGCACCAUGUAGAGACACGAUGGCACUGUACUGUCUGUGAGGAUUUUGACCUAUGCAUUAAUUGCUAUAACUCCAAGGGUCAUGAACAUCAGAUGGUGAAAUGGGGUCUUGGCCUUGAUGAUGACAGCAGCAACCAGAAUAGUGAGGCCUCCAAGAGCCCACAGGAAAGCAGGCGCCUGAGCAUUCAACGUUGCAUUCAAUCUCUGGUACAUGCCUGCCAGUGCCGCAAUGCAAACUGCUCACUACCAUCUUGCCAGAAAAUGAAACGGGUGGUGCAACACACCAAAGGCUGUAAGCGCAAGACCAACGGGGGCUGCCCUGUGUGCAAACAGCUCAUUGCCUUGUGCUGCUACCAUGCAAAACACUGCCCAGAGAACAAGUGUCCUGUGCCUUUCUGCCUCAAUAUUAAGCACAAGCUGCGCCAGCAGCAGCUCCAACAACGACUACAACAGGCUCAGUUGAUGAGGCGGCGCAUGGCGCUCAUGCAGGGUCGGACCAUACAAAAACCCCUGCCUUCCCCUAACUCAGGAGCUCCCGGGACCCCAAACGCUCAGCAACAGCAGCCCAGUACACCACAGCCACCUCAGCCAUUACUUAGCCAGUCCCAGGUAUCAAACCAGAACGUGGCUACAAUGCCUCAAGCAUUCACUAGCAAUGGCCGCAGUAGUCAGCCACCAACACCAGGCUCCCAGGGGAAACAAGGCCCUCAAUCCUCACCAAUACAUCAGCAACAAUCUCCUCUGCCCAUGCCCCCACAGCCACCACAACAGCAACCAACACUAGCUGCCUUGCAGGUUGCACAGAGUAUAGAGAUGACAACCAAGUCAAAGCAAGAGCAGCCAGACUUCAGAGUCAACAUGAAUGGCAUGCAUAUGAACCAGUCUCGCAUGGUAACAUCCAUGCAGAUGAUAGGGCCUCGAGGUCCACAGACUAUACAGGGAAUGCAGUCUGGAGCAUGGGGUGCUGGGAUGCAAGGCCCCAUGCAGAAUCCACAGACACCUCAGCCACAGCAGGUACCAACACAGCAGGCCACUAUGGUACCUCAAAAGCCUCAGGUAAUGCAGUCACAUCAGCAGACUGCUCUGAUGCAGCGGGCUAUGAUACAGCAACAACCCCGGCAUAUACAUGGUGCCAUGCGGCUUCAGCCAGUACCACCUCAGUCCACACAACAAAUUGAAAUGGUCCAGAGAGGGGCAGGCAGCAACAUUGCACCAGGUGCCCUUCAGGAGCUAUUGCGCACAUUGAAGUCACCAAGUUCACCUCAACAGCAGCAGCAGGUUCUCAAUAUUCUCAAGUUAAACCCUCACUUGAUGGCUGCAUUUAUUAAACAAAGAACUGCAAAGUAUCAGGCCAACCAGCCCCAACAACAGCAACAACAGAACCCACAAGCUAUGAUUGGUGUACAGCCAGGAUUGCAGAAUAUAUCUACCAUUCAGAGUGCCCCAAUGAUGAGGCCAGGAAUGCAGUCUGCUGCAGCCCAGGUUAUGGGUGCUCUGGGGCCACAGGGCCAACUCAUGAAUGCUACACAGAAUGGCAACCAACCGCUUUAUCGCCAUCAGCUUAUGCGACAAAUGCAGCAACAGCAGCAAGGAUCCUUGACUCCAGGCCAGGGAAGGUUUCCCCAGCCUCAAGGUGCAGCUAGUUACUCUCAAAUCCGCAUGCAACAGCAAUUAAGCUUGCAUGGAGGCAGUGGAUCUAUGAUGCCAGGUAUGGCCCAAAUGGGUCAAACUGGAAUGAGCAUGGACCCAAGCCAAAGCAUGUUGCAACAGUGCAUGUUGCAACAACAGCUUCCACAGCAGAUGCUGAAGCAGCACAUUGGGUCACCACCUCAAGCCACCUCAAUGAGCCCUCAGUCCCAUAUGCUCUCAGGACAGCAACAAGGCUCACAAUUACCUGGACAGGCAAUGGUCAAUGUUUUGGGCAAUCAAGUGAGGUCACCUGCCCCAGUGCAAUCGCCUCGUCCUCCAUCACAGCAGCCCCCACAUUCCAGUCCAUCCCCACACAUGCAGCCCCAGCACUCUCCACAGCAUGCUUUGCUGCACUCCAGCUCUCCCCAUCCCUCAUUGGCUGGAGCAAUGGCAGGCUCCAUAGAACAGGGCCAUUUGUGUAUGCCAGAGCAGAGCACAAUGCUCUCUCAGCUUAACACGCCAAAUCAUAGAGGGCUGACCAAUGACUUGAGUAUGGUAGGAGAUACAACCAGAGACACAUUAGAGAAGUUUGUGGAAGGAUUGUAGCAAUGACAGAUUGAUAGAGUGAUGUACAUUUUCUUACAGUUCUUUGUAUUGAUAUUUCAGACAAAGAAAGUGAAUGAUUUACAGGCAAACAGUAGACUGCUAUUUUUUUCCCUCUGUGUGUGAAACACACAAUCAUUUUUACCCCUUUCUAAGUUAGGCCAGCAACAAAAAUAAUUUUGUCCCGUGUUUUAUUUUUUCCCCCUGGGUCUAUACUUUGAAAGGAAAUUUCCCUGUUGUUCAUUACUGAAGACUUUUUUAAAAUAUUUGCGUUCAGACAGUAAGAUCAUGAGUCACGAGUGAUCUUUUUUCUGAUGUUUAUUUACUUGUUAGAUUGUAAACAUGGCUUUGGAUAUGCACCAUUUUUUUCUUGAAACUAAGGUGCUUCUAUUGAAGGACCUGUGAAUAUUUGUACAUAAUUUUAUCUUCUGCAAAAGAAGUGAGCAAUUGUAAUUGCUGUUGUUUUAAAGGUGCCCAUAUUCUUAAUUUAUUGGCCUGCAUUGCAGAUGUUUUAAGGUGUAGAAUAUUGCUUGGUCACUUUGAUCAGUCAGUGAAAACACCCAUCUCUAUCAAUGUAAGGGUAUCUGAUUGCUGAUUUUUGCAAAGAAGGCUCUAUUCCCUACAUAAUGCUUUUCUGUCCUGUUAACUUGAAUUGAGCAAGGACAGUUCUAUGUAAAUCAUUCAGAUUGAAAUACUGUACAUAUGAAGAAAAAACUUUGAGAUCAUUGUAUACACUGAUUAAAAGAACUUGUUUCAUACUUCUAUACAAUAUUGUUAAAUAAACUGUGUCCAAAAGCCAAA